UUGCGCAUGCGCGGGCGACGUCAAUAGUUGUAUACGUAGCAAGUGCCAACUGAAGUUUGCUUGUUGUAAACACUACCGGUAGUUUAUAAUUAUUUAUUUACAAUGAGCUCGUGGAUACAGUACAUUAAAUCCCUUCCCAUGCAUAUGGAUUAUGAUGGGCAAGCACGAGCAGAAAAUUUAUCGCGGGUCAUUAUAACGCUAUUUGGAGUGGUUGGAUUAAUAUGGGGAUAUCUGAUUCAACAAUUUUCCCAGACUAUUUAUAUUCUCGGCGCUGGAUUUCUAAUGGCAGCAAUAAUCACAUUACCACCUUGGCCAAUGUACCGCCGUAAGCCUCUGGACUGGCAGAAACCACAGUCCGAUGUCAAUACCAAGUCAAAAAGGAAAAAAUAAUUUAUUGCCAAUUAUGAUUGUAUUUAAUAAUAUUUUGUUAUGCGUUAUGCAACAAUUAUUAGCAUGACAAGAAAGUCAACUUUCUUCGACUGACAUUGCAUUUAAAAGUAUGUAUGUACAGUAGUGCAGAAAGAAAUGGAAUGGUUCAAGGAAUACUUUUU